CUACCCAAGCCCCGCCCCCUUUCAGAUCUCAUUGAUUUUUCGAAAAGCUGAUCAGAAAUCAGCUGGCAUGCUCUUUAUUUACAGUUCUCCGAGAGAGGAGGCUCCGCUCACAAACCGACUCAAAGUCAGAAAGCUGGCGGCUCUUUAGCGGUUUGUAAUUUGUUAUCACGGGACGUACUUCCGGUUAAAAUAAGGGGGCCGAAAAGUAAACAGUAAUCGAGGCUGUAGCUGUGUGAAAUGUGCAGAUUUUGUUGGUCGGCAAACAUAUUUUACGGUCGUACUGUUUACAGAACUACUUGACAAAAUAAAGGAAAAGACASACCACAAGACAAGAUGGAUAUAGUGUGUUUCCGGUUACCAGGACACGGGGACAUGACCCUGAAGCACAUGAACUUGCUCAGGUCUCGCCAGCAUUUCUGUGACAUYACCAUCGUGGCCAGCAACAACCAGACGUUCAAAGGACAUAAGGUGGUUCUAGCCGCCUGCUCGCCCUUCCUACGGGAUCAGUUCCUCCUCAACCCGUCGCCCAGGCUUCAGGUCUCGAUGCUGUAUAGCUCGUCGGUGGUGUGCGACUUGCUUCAGUCGUGCUACACUGGCUUCCUGCAAUUCAAUCCGGAGGAAAUUGUCAGCUACCUGACUGCUGCUAGCUACUUUCAGAUGGAGCACAUUGUGGAGCGGUGCAGGGGAGCGCUGGAGAAAUACGUUCAGCUGAAGAACCCCGGUGCACUGAAGGCGACAGAAGAGGAAAGCCAGACGCAGCCAGUUAUAAUCAGCGCCAGUGUUCACGAUGAUUCACCUCCCCCCUCUCGACCCUCCCCCGUGCAACAGCACAGCCCCGCCGUGCACUCAGUGGAGGAGAACAGCGAAACAUCUGCUCAAGGCAGCACUCGGCAUGACCACAGCCCUGCUCUGGACGAGCCUUGUGUUAGGGUGAACGUAUCAGACGAGGAGGAGGAGGUGAAGCCCGACUAUAAUCUGUUCAGAAUGUACAUGUCUGAGGAAGAGCAGGCGACCAGAGAGCGCGAGGAGAGAGCUUCUAACGACGUCCCUCAGGAUCUCUGUCUUACAGAGACACAAGUCGGUAUUGCCGGAGAUGGCAGCGAAUAUGACUUGAAUUCAGCGGGGGAGCUCACCUUUGGGGGGCUCACGUUGGAAGGCCUGCAGGCGAUCAGGCGCAGGCUGUCCGACCCUAAAGUUGGGCGUGGCAGGGGGCGGGGAAAGGGGAGGGGCUUCAAAAAGAAACGCUGGGCGUCCUCUCAGGAGAAGCGACCUCUCAGUAUAGCUCACCGGCAGGACUUGUGGUUUCUCACAGCGGGUGGGCUGGGAGGGGGUUUGGGUUUGGACUACAGCCAGGAGGAGCUGAAAGCAGCAGCAGCAGGAAGUUACCUCUCAGCUGAGAUCCCCAGGUUAGACUUCAGCCUGGGCAGCAGUCAUGGAGACAGACCCAUCAUUUCACCCAACAGUUUGAACCAGUUUUCCGUGGAGGAGUCAGACGCCGGCGAGGGGAGUUCAGGUUUGACCGUGGGGGCGAAUGAGGGAGGGGACGAGUCCGUCGCCGUGGUGGGAUCCACUUCCAGCGUGGCCGGCCCCGUGAUCUGCGAACACUGCGGCCUGACGUUCCCUUCGGCCCACUCCCUGGCCGUCCACUCCCGCUCCACCCACCUGCUGUACGUCUGCCCCUGCUGCGGCAAACACUUCCACCACGCCACCAACCUCACCCGGCACAUGGCCGUGCACCGGGGGGGCAGCAAGGCCCACCAGUGCCCCCUCUGCUACAAGACGUUCACGCAGAAGUCCACGCUCAUCGACCACAUGAACCUCCACAGCGGCGAGCGGCCGCACCACUGCGCCUACUGCCACGCCCGCUUCGCCCACAAGCCCGCCUUGCGGCGCCACCUGAAGGAGCAGCACGGCAAAACCACGGGCCAGAACUCGCUGCACGAGCAGGAGGAGCGGGAGAGAGCGAUCGGCGCUGCCGKAGGAGCGCAGGAGGACGAUCAGGAAUGUCUGGUGGCCGACCAGGUGUCGUAGGUCGAAACGGAGACGUAAACAUCUGACCUGCAGCUGGAGGGAAACCGACKCUGACAUGAAGGACGUGCAGAGUCAUUUAAAUCCUUUGAAUUUUACUGCCAGGAAAUCUUCCAUCCCUGUAGAACUUAUGCCUUAAUUUGCAGCAUAAAUAAUAUAUUGUUUUAUUUUCGGGGGGCUGGGUGAAGUUAGAAAAAUAAAUUCCCUGAGCGUGUUUAAUUUGUGCGCUGAUGGGGAAACGCYGACACCAAAGCAGAAAAGUCUUAAUUCUUCAUUCGUUUUAAAAAAAGUAUUUUUAAGCCUCUUUUGUUUCUGAAACUGUGAACCGUUUUUAACACGUCUCAUCACAAGUCCCAAAACCUGUAAACAAGUAAAUAAGCUGACAAUUUUUUUUUGUGUGUGUGUGUGUGUGUAUUGUAAUGUGUAACGAUUCUCCUGUCACUGUGCUGAAAACUAACCUGCUGCACAAAAACUGAUUUUAAAAAGUGUAAAAUAUGUAAAUAGGAGUUUGGUAUGAAGAGGUAAUAAACAUUCAAAACAAUGUUUACAUCGCUGCUCCUUAAAUGCUGUUAAUAAAAGUACAUAAAAUCUG